AGGGCAGCUUCAAAGACAGAGGCUGGAGUGACUGUAGCGGGCAGCGGAGGAGGAGGAGGCGUCUGGGGAUCAACACCUAACCUGGAGGAGUCACAGAGAGUGAUGAAGGAGGCCAGAUGAUCCAUCGGCCACUGAGGAAUGAAGGUAUGGUCAACAUGGAUGAUCUAACGGUGCUGGAGGAGGAAGAAGAGAGUGCGGACCACCUGCGUGUCCUGACACUGCCCCUGCACGCUCACCAUGCCAUUGCCAAGAUGGAGGAGUUUGUCUUUAAGGUGUGGGAGGGCCGCUGGAGGGUGAUUCCACACGAGGUGCUGCCCGACUGGCUGAAGGACAACGACUUCCUCCUGCAUGGACACCGGCCGCCCAUGCCCUCGUUCCGUGCUUGUUUCUACAGCAUCUUCCGCCUGCACACCGAGACCGGCAACAUCUGGACACAUCUGUUGGGCUUUGUCUUCUUCCUCGUGUUCGGGGUGGGCUACAUGCUGCGGCCCAACAUCAACUUUGUGGCCCCUGUGCAGGAGAAGGUGGUGUUCGGCAUGUUCUUCCUUGGAGCCAUCCUCUGCCUCUGCUUCUCCUGGCUUUUCCACACCGUCUACUGCCACUCCGAGAAAGUCUCACGCACCUUCUCCAAGUAA